AUGUCGCUGACCAACUCACGACAUUCAUCCGCGAGAAAGGAUUUUGGCCAUCCCAAGCAAAAUCAAAGUCGCGGGAGUAACAAAAAGUGGCCCAACAGCAACCGUGGAGGAAGUGCAAGUGGCAGCCAUGGACACGCCAAUACAACGUCGUCAACAGCAACAGCACCACCACCGCCACCACCAAAGACCAUUGAACCUUUGGAAGAUGCCGAAACAGCACGUAUGAUGCAUGAUCGUAUGCUAUUUUUGCUUGCCAAUUUGACGGGCAGUGCGGUUCAGGUUACUGUCAAGAAUGGAACAAAGUUUGAAGGCAUCUUUCAUGGCGCAUCUACUGAAGGUGAUCUCGGGAUCGCUCUCAAACAUGCACGCAAGAUCUACGACCCUGCAGCUCCCAAAACUGAUAAACAAAAGGUCAACCCUUAUCCUGUCAAACCUUCCAUGUUGAUUAUGGGCAAAGAUGUCGUCGAGAUUAGUUGCAUGGAUACGGAUUUGACAGCUGGCGAUCAGGAAAAGAAUACAUUCAAGACCGAUACGGAUAUCAGUGGAAAGCUUGAGAUCAAAGAGCGUGAAUUGCAUCGAUGGAAUCCCGAAGCUCAUGUGAGCGAGGGCGAAUUACUUGGAUCUUUGGAAGAACAAACGUCGACUGUGGAUGGAUCAUGGGAUCAAUUUGCUGCCAAUGAAAAGCUAUUUGGCUUGACAACCGAUUUUGAUGAAGAACUAUAUACGACACGUUUGGAUCGAUCAGCACCUGAUUAUAAGGAACGUGAAAGAUGGGCCAUUGAAAAGGCAAACGAGAUUCAAAAGUCUGCUACUAGCAACGUUCACGUGAUGGAAGAGCGUGGUUUGAUUGUGGAUGACAGUGGAAUGGAUGAAGAAGAUCGAUAUGGUGCGGUGGUGCGUGACGUCAAUCCCAACAAGUAUACGCCUCCAGCUUUGCGAAAGCAUCUUCGUACCGAAUCAUCAUCCAAAAAGGAAGCUGCUACAGAAGGCAGCAAGACCGAGAAAGCUGCAGAUGCCACAACCGCUUUGCACCAUCUCAAGAUAUCCAACCUUCCAAAGGGUGGUACAGCUGCACGAUCACCUGUUGCAAACUUACCUACUUCACGCCCACAUGCAACUGAUAAGAAGUCUGCCGAUGGACAAUCCAAACAUAUUGAAGCUGAAGUUGCCAACACAUUUCGUGCAUUUGCCAUACAAGAGAAAGACAAGCUCCAUGCAAAGAAACAAGCGAUCAAGAAGAAGGAAUUCGAUGAUUUGAUGCAAUUCCACCAAACGUUCAAGCUCAAGUUCCCAGUGCCUACCGAUAUUGUUCCUCUUCUUUCAGCUGGCAAGAAGCCAACAUCACCAGUAUCAGAUGACAAGUCUCCGACUGAUAAACAAGAGAGCAUUUCAGAGGAAGAAAAGAAAGCUGAGCAACAACAGGCAGCAUCAUCCAGCUCCAAGCAAAGCUCUUCAGCUACUGGAGAAAAGGCCACUGACAAGACGACGACUACAACAACAAAGAGUGAAAAGCCUUCUGCAGAAGCCAACAAGCCUGCCAAAUCCACAUUCAAAUUCAACGUUAAGGCCACUGAAUUCAAACCAAACCCAACAGCACCAGCAUUUGUUCCUGGUGCCAAGCCUGCUGCUGGUGGAAGUUCUCCAUUUUUCGCUGGACGUCAAUUGAAGAAGGGCGCGGCAGCUGAACCUCUUACAUUAACCGAAGCUUUUCAUCCACCUUUUGCUAAGGGCAAGGAGCCAGUGGCACCUAAUUCAGUCGGACCAACAUGGCCAUUUGGUACCAAGCAAUAUCGACUCCAAUUCAAUCAAUACUCGGCAUAUGAAGAAGACAUGUACGCUGGCUAUGGUUCACCUGGUUAUCCAUACGGCUAUCCUCAAUAUCGCUAUCCACCACAAUACGUGCAAGGAAUGCCUCCCAUGCCACAGCAAGGAGGUCAUCCAUACAUGAGUCCUCAAUUUGUGCAAAACGUGCCUUUCACAGCGGCACCGGUUCCUCAUGGUGCACCAUCCGCUGUCGCCUAUAGUCCUCAAAUGGCCAAUGUUUCUCCUCACGGUUCACCCUAUAUGCAAAACUUUUCCUCACCGCAACGAUCACCCAUCCCUCCUCACGGUGCACCCCCUCAACCUGUUUACCAAUAUCAAGGCGCUGGUCCUCAUGGUGCUCCAGUCAUGAUGACAUCUGGUCCAGGCCAAGUGAUGGUACAAAUGCCAGUGAUGGACUACAAUCAGGCCCCAUACCCCUAUCCGCAACAGCAGCAACAACCACAACCACAACAACAUCCCGAACAAUCGCAAACCUCCACACCUUCUACCACCAACGAAUAG